AUGAACGCUGAGACGUGUGUUUCAUACUGUGAUAUGACAUCCAUGGAUUCAUAUUAUAGCCCAUCAGCACCGCAAGGUAGGGAUCACCAAGCGAACCCUUUUAGGACAUUACAAGCGAGUGACACCAAAUACAGUCCCACUUUCCUGACCAACAAAGGUCAGGGCUACGGAGAAAAGUCUCGGAGCCCGUUCCAACAGGAAUGCCAGUCAUUGGAUGCCACUGCUGGGGAAGGCACCUUUAACAAAUACCACCUCUUCAUGCAGAGGUCUUCUUGCAAAACUCCCCCCGAAGGCAGCAAACUCCAUCAAGAAAGCGGACACAACGGGGGUCUUCUCUCGUGUUAUGGUAAAGACAGUACAGGGCUGACAGACUCAGAGUUGCCUCAGAACGCUGAUCCUGCAGGGAUGGAUGGGAGCUACCUCAACGUGAAGGAGCCAGGUGUGAAGGGUCCUCAGGAGCGCCCAAGCUCAGAGCUGGCCUCUCCCCUCGACAAAGGUGAGGGAGAGAGCAACAAGGGCAAGAAGAGGCGCAACCGCACAACCUUCACCAGCUACCAGUUAGAGGAGCUGGAGAAGGUUUUCCAGAAGACACACUACCCAGAUGUGUAUGCUAGAGAGCAGCUUGCACUGAGGACUGAUCUAACUGAGGCUCGAGUGCAGGUGUGGUUCCAGAAUCGCAGAGCCAAGUGGAGAAAGAGAGAGCGUUUUGGCCAGAUGCAACAGGUCCGGACACACUUCUCUACAGCCUACGAGCUGCCUCUUCUCACUCGCCCUGAGAACUAUGCACAGAUCCAGAACCCCUCCUGGAUUGGCAGCAGCAGUGCUGCGUCUCCAGUGCCCGGUUGUGUCGUGCCCUGUGACACGGUUACUUCGUGUAUGACUCCUCAUCCUCACGCCGCCAGUGGGGUGUCCGACUUCCUCAGCGUUCCCAGUCCUGGAAGCCAUAUGGGACAAACACACAUGGGCAGUCUUUUUGGAAGUCCAGGCAUGAGCACUGGUAUUAAUGGUUACGAUCUCAACAUGGACCCAGACCGCAAGUCGUCCAGCAUCGCCACACUCCGCAUGAAGGCCAAGGAACACAGUGCAGCCAUCUCCUGGGCUACAUGA